UAGUCGAUGGCUAUAAAAGCCGAAGUUAGGGCCAUCUAGGGUUUCAGAGAGGUUAAACAGACGGCCACCGUCCGCCUUGACCAAGCUAAGCUUCGUCUUGGCCCUCUCGACUCUAUCUAAAGCUUUUCUCGGCUCUCUUCUUCUUCCCCUUUGCUAGGUUAGCGUUUGGUUUUUUUCCCUUCCAUCCCUUUUAGCGUUUCUCUGCAGCCAUGACGGUCAAGCUCUCCAAGUCUGAGAAGAAGGUCGAGUAUGACAAGAAGCUGUGCAGUCUCCUGGACGAGUACAGUCAGGUGCUGAUCGCGGCGGCGGACAACGUGGGGUCGAACCAGCUCCAGAACAUCCGGAGCGGGCUCCGGGGUGAUUCGGUGGUUCUCAUGGGGAAGAACACGCUGAUCAGGCGCUGCAUCAAGAUCCAUGCAGAGAAGACCGGAAACAAGGACUAUCUCAACCUCCUCCCCUUGCUUGUGGGAAAUGUGGGUUUGAUUUUCACGAAGGGAGAUCUGAAGGAGGUUCGAGAGGAAGUGGCGAAAUACAAGGUUGGAGCUCCUGCCCGUGUAGGCCUGGUUGCUCCCAUUGAUGUCGUGGUUCCUCCUGGCAACACUGGAUUAGAUCCUUCACAAACCUCCUUCUUUCAGGUGCUUAACAUCCCAACCAAGAUCAACAAGGGUACUGUUGAAAUCAUUACCCCUGUUGAGCUGAUCAAGAAAGGGGAAAAGGUUGGCUCUUCUGAGGCUGCUCUUCUUGCUAAGCUUGGCAUAAGACCAUUCUCAUAUGGUCUCAUCAUCCAGUCUGUGUACGACAAUGGGUCAGUUUUCAGCCCUGAGGUUCUGGACCUCACUGAGGAUGACUUGGUUGAGAGGUUUGCAGCUGGAGUCUCUAUAGUCACUUCACUGUCCUUGGCCCUUUCAUACCCUACUAUAGCAGCUGCACCCCAUAUGUUCAUAAAUGCAUACAAGAAUGUCCUGGCAGUUGCUAUCGCGACUGAGUAUACUUUCCCACAAGCUGAGAAGGUGAAGGAGUUUUUGAAGGACCCCAGCAAGUUUGCUGUGGCUGUUCCUGUUGAAGCUGCUGAUGCUGCUGCUGCACCUGCUGCAGCAGCCAAGGAAGAAGAGAAGAACGAGGAGCCAGCUGAGGAAUCUGAUGACGACAUGGGUUUUAGCUUGUUUGAUUAAUUAUAGUCCUCUAGGAUAUCUUUAUAAUUUUGCCUUCUUUUUAGUUCUUUUUGAUAGCUGAAAUAUUGAAGCUUUACAGUUUGCUAUGGUAGGCCGGUUUUGACCAGAGAUUCUGGAUUGAAUUUGCUUUCUUCUAGAUGCGCUAUGAUGUUAUGUUCGUUUGGUUUGUUGAAUUUGCUGAGAAUAUGAUCUGUUCUUUAAUGAUAUAUGAGUAUGAUCUUCGUUUAGUAAAA